GGGUCCGCAACUAGGUUCGAGCGCGUACACUGGCCGCCCGGAAAACUGGAAAGACCGGGAAGACCACCAGGAAGACUAAAGAAAAUCGAAGAAGACCAAUAAAAUCGUAGGCCACAAAUGUGACGAAAAACCGAAAAAUAUAAGGGAAGACCGGAAAAACUUUAGGAAAGACCUAGAAAUUGCAAGAAAGACCAGAAAAUGUAAGGGAAGACCGAUGAAAAUGCGAGAAAACUGGGGGAAGCCUUCAUAAAAUAUCAGAAAACCAAGAUAUUUGGAAAACCAAUAAAAAGUUGGGAAGACCGGGAAAACAUUAGGAAAACCUAAGAAAACUACAAAACUAGGAAGCCCACCACAUGUGUACACCGGCAGACCGUACUUGCGGACCCCUCGAUCACAUGACGGCGGUCGGUGUCGGUGGCUGACGUACUCUGGUCGCGCUGACACACACCACAUUCACACGAUCAACUUCGCUAAACACCGGUUGACACAAGUAGAGAUCGGUGGCGUGUCCGCGCCCAAACACGGUGUUCGCAAUGAGGACCGCACGCUACACGCCAUAUUGGCGAGGCCUAGUUGGCACGGCAGCCUUUGAAUCAGUGCCUGCGGCAGCAGCAGCCGCAUCCCCUGCGCCCCAUGAGGCCCAGACGAGCACCGCUGCGGGCGUGUUUCAUCCUCAUCGUGCUGUGCGACGUGUGGCUCGUCGGCGAUGCGGCUGGCAGCAGCAAGAGGAACAAGUCGCCACUAGUGCUGUACAUGCUGGACGGGAGCGCGUGCAAUCAGGGCGCCAACGCCGUGUCGUGGUCCAAGGUCUGGUUCAGCCCCAAGGGAUCUUCGCGCCUCUGCAACGCCGACUUUGGACUCUCGAGGCCGGCCAAGAGCCUCCGCAGGAUUGCGUUCAAAAUUGUCCGGUGCUCCGACUCCACCAUCUCCUACAACACGUGCGAGUAUUUCGACACGUGGAAGUUUGAAGUCAGCCCCUGUACCCUGAUGCGAGCUUCCAAAAUGCCAUGGACUCCUUGGGUUACUUCGAUAACACCGUCGAUAUAUUGCCCCAUCAAAGCUGGUAACUACUCUUUUCGCGACGCAGGAGUCUCUCCCGAAGCGCUCGCCCAAUUCGGUAUACCGCUGGAUAACGUGAUCUGGAUCGUAACGCUCACUCUGUUUGACAACGACGCCCGUGAGUACGCCUGCGUCAACUACACCUUGGAGUUCAAGAGAUCGAGGCAGUGAUGCGCUAACGAGGCUCACCUCGAGAGAGACGCAGACGUGAGUGAGAUAACCACGGCCAGUGGGGGCUGGUGAGCGUGGAGGAUGGGGCGCCAUGGACUCUGCGGGCCUUCAACCGGCCUGCGACACUCCGGCCCCGCUGCCUGGCAAGUGACGCUCCCUCCUGGAUGGACCCUCGGCGGUGAACGUGCAGCGAACCGCCCUUAGCAAUAAAGUUUAGCAAGCAUGAAACCAUUAAUACCGGGAGACACACGAGUACGUCGAGGUCAGUGUCCUUUCCGUCCGUUCGCUCACGAAACUCCCCAC